GCAGCACCGGCUCCUCCCACGACGCUGCGGGUCCGGUUUCCGGCGGGAGAGCGGGCUGCCAGACCGGGGAAAGGGUCCCGCUUGUGCUAGGGACUUGUGGGCUGGCUGCACUGGCCACUGCGGGGUGCCCGCCAGAAUGCCCCACUUGGAAAACGUGGUGCUUUGUCGCGAGUCUCAAGUGUCCACCUUGCAGUCCUUGUUUGGAGAGAGACAUCAUUUUAGCUUUCCAUCCAUUUUUAUUUAUGGACAUACUGCCAGUGGAAAGACCUAUGUAACACAAACGUUGUUGAAAACUUUAGAGCUCCCACAUGUCUUUGUGAAUUGCGUUGAAUACUUUACCUUGAGGCUGCUUUUGGAACAAAUUUUAAACAAAUUGAAUCAUCUUAGUUCUUCAGAGGAUGGAUGUUCUACUGAAAUAACCUGUGAAACAUUUAAUGAUUUUGUUCGCUUGUUUAAACAAGUAACCGCAGCUGAAAAUCUCAAGGAUCAGACUGUAUAUAUUGUUCUAGAUAAAGCAGAGUAUCUAAGAGAUAUGGAAGCAAAUCUUUUGCCUGGAUUUCUUAGAUUACAAGAAUUGGCUGACAGAAAUGUGACUGUUCUCUUUCUCAGUGAAAUUGUUUGGGAAAAGUUUCGUCCAAAUACUGGAUGCUUUGAGCCAUUUGUCUUGUAUUUCCCUGAUUACAGCAUAGGCAACCUUCAAAAGAUCCUGUCCCAUGAUCAUCCUCCAGAGUAUUCAGCUGAUUUCUAUGCUGCCUACAUUAACAUUCUUCUUGGAGUUUUCUACACUGUUUGUCGAGAUUUGAAAGAGCUCAGACAUCUGGCAGUACUUAAUUUUCCUAAAUAUUGUGAACCUGUGGUUAAAGGAGAAGCAAGUGAACGUGAUACUCGCAAACUGUGGAGAAAUAUUGAACCUCAUUUGAAGAAAGCCAUGCAGACUGUUUAUCUCAGGGAAGUAUCAAGUUCCCAAUGGGAAAAGCUACAGAAAGAUGACACAGAUCCCGGGCAACUGAAAGGCCUCUCAGCGCAUACUCAUGUGGAACUUCCAUAUUACUCUAAGUUCAUUCUAAUUGCUGCAUACCUUGCUUCAUACAAUCCAGCAAGAACUGACAAGAGGUUUUUUCUUAAGCAUCAUGGAAAAAUCAAGAAAACCAGCUUUCUAAAAAAACACGAAAAGAGGCAGUUUUGCUCAAUUCCAGGACUUCCUGACUCCAGAGCCUAUGAUGAUGUUUACCACUGUUCUUGAACUCCUACAACAGACAAAUGUGAUAUGAAGUGAAACAUUUUGGCUUCUGAAGUUGCCACUAAAGGGAAGGAAGGUGCAAGACCAGGCUUGGAAGUAGCUUACAUCACUUCUAUUCAUAUUUCAUUGGCCCAGCAGAACCCAGUUACGUGACCUCUAUCUAACUGCACAAGAGACUGAGAAAUGGAGUCUUCUUGUGUGUCAGAGAAGAAACAGUGUUGGCAAACACUGACUCUGCCUUGUACUUUAAUCCAGCAGUCCUACUUAGAGAAACACACAUUUGCACAAGGAGAAAUGUACAGGAUUAUCAGUCACAGGAUUAUUUGUAAUAAUAAUGAAUCUUUUUAAGUAGUUGUAAAAUGGAAUUCUGUAAGGUAAUUUAAAAAUGAACUAGAGCUACAUGUAUCUAUAUGGAUAAAUCUCAGAAAGCAAUUGGUAGAGAGGUAUGUUCAAAAUGAUAUCAUUUAUAUAAAAUUUUAAACCAUGCAAACAAUGCUGUAUAUUGUUUGUGGAUACAUAUGCAGUAGUAUAAAACCUUCAUGAGAAUACAUCAAAUUCUAGAUAGUGGAAUUUUUCUAGAGAAGGAAAGGGAGAAUAGGAUGGGAGAGGGUUCAAGGAAGCUUCAGCUCAUCUGUAAUGUGAUCUAAUGUUUUAUUUCUCUGCAUGUAUUGCACAGUAUAUUUGAUAAAAUUGAGUGGUGAGUCCAUUGGUAUUCAUUAUAUUCACUUCUGUACACUUUUAUAUAUUUGAAAUAUUUAAUAACAAAAGCAUACAAAAUUUAAGACCUGGAAAAUAAUUUCUAACUGAGGUUAAAAACUUCAUUGUAUAAUUCUGAGUAGGUAUUCUUCUUUACGUUCAUUCUUAUUUUAAAUAAAUAGUUACUCGCAUGCAUGUAAAUAUAGUUUCCAAUUUUAUUUGCCAUUGCUAAUAUAAAGUACUUACCUGUGGCUGGGUGCACAGGCGCAUGCCUGUAAUUCUAGCACUUUGGGAGGUCAAGGUGUGCGGAUUACUUCAGAUCAGGAGUUCGAGACUAGC